AUGAUAACGUUGAAAGUGUGGACUGUCCUUGUCGCCUACGCCCUGGUCAUCUGCCAGAUGUAUGCAGCCCCAUCCAGAUCUAGUCGGGAGUCGGAUGGAAUCACACUAUCAGAGGAAGAGGCUCAGAGAUUACUCAGUGCCAUCAGGGAGUUCAUGCAGACUACUUCAGACACACAGACAGCUGAGGACAACAGCCCGGAUAGACCCAUGUCCAAGAGGUGCACUGGGUUGAGCACCUGCGUACUGGGAAAACUGUCCCAGGACAUACACAAACUGCAGAUGUUCCCCUACACGGAUGUGGGAGCGGGCACGCCUGGGAAGAAGAGAAGUGUAGCUGAACCAUUUGCAACUUCAUUCAAUUAA